UCCCAACUCGCUCGUACGGUACCCAUAACUCAGUGCCCGAGUCCGACACGACAAAUCCAAACUCAACUCUUCACAGACCUACAAUCUUCGAUUCCUGCCGCAAAACCUCAAUCAUUGUUCCACUUCUGUUCCAUUCUCAUCCUAAACUCCUCGUUCCUCAUUCGUUUUCAAUUCGGUGGAAAACUGUUUUUUUGCGCUUUUUGUUUGGAUCUGAGUACUUCCGUUCCCGUGAAAUCUGGCUAUGGAUUACGAACCCUACGAUAGUAGCGGAACUGAUGAUGAUCUUCCACCAACACAUCAGAAUAGAAUUCCUAGAGGGGCGCGUCUCGCCGGGAAUGGAAGAUCUGCAGGAGGUUCAAUGUCAUACCCCAGGAUGUAUGGUGAAAUUGACAUGGAAACUCAAAUUCACCAACUUGAGCAGGAAGCGUAUAGUUCGGUUUUACGAGCCUUUAAAGCUCAGGCGGAUGCCAUUACUUGGGAGAAGGAAAGUUUGAUAACAGAACUAAGGAAAGAACUAAGAUUAUCAAAUGAGGAGCACAGAGAACUUCUAGGCCGUGUUAAUGCCGAUGAUGUCAUACGAAGGAUAAGGGAGUGGAGACAGACAGGAGGCCAUCAAACUGGUGUGUUGAAUUCUGGACAAGUUAUUCACGAUUCAGCUCCGAGUCCAACAGUCUCUGCAUCUCGGAAAAAGCAGAAGAUAACAUCGUCUGUACCCUCACAAUCUUUUGGUGGGCCUUCUCCUUCAUUUCACCCCCAACCAGUGGCUGCACCCCACCAACCAUCUUCUUCUGUUGGAAAACGCGGUUCUGUUCCGGGACAUAAGGGCAAGAAGCAGAAACCUGGCCAAGUAUUACCAGGAGGAUCUUCUAUAAAGCAAUACCCUUCAUCCGGACCAGGGGGAAGGAAUCAAGUACCUAAUAGAGUUACUUCUGGUACGGUCGCAGGUGAGCUUGCUGAAGGAGCAUCGUUUGAUUCUCUCAAUGGUAGGAGAUUACGGACAAGAUGGCCCGAUGACAAUAAUUUCUACGAAGCUGUUAUCACCGACUACAAUCCAGUCGAACGUCGACACCAUCUGGUAUAUGACAUGGGGAGUACAAAUGAAACAUGGGAAUGGGUUAAUCUUUCAGAGAUCUCUCCAGAAGAUAUUCAGUGGGUAGGUGAGGAUCCUGGGAUCAACCGCGGGGGUUUUGGCGGAUCUGGUCGUGGGAUGAAUAAUAGGUCAGUAGGUCGCGAUAGUAUUCCAGGAGCUGGAAGAGGAGGUAGGGGAGGUACAAAAGGGCAAUCCAAAAAAGAUUUAUUGCCAUCACAGAAUGGAAUAGGAAAGAAAGCUUUGGAAGAUAUACAAAUACUUCACACAGACACACUAGUUAAGGAGGUGGAAAGGGUGUUCAGUGCAAAUCAUCCAGAUGCACACGAAAUUGAGAAAGCCAAGAAACUAUUGAAGAAUCAUGAGCAAGCUCUUAUAGAUGCAAUUGCAAGACUUGCAGAUCUUUCUGAUGGUGAAAGUGAUGAGGGUGGUCACCAUUUCUCGCAUGCUAAAUCAAUGGAUCGAGAAUGAUGGAACUCCAAUGUUGUACAAUGGGAAAAAGAGGCAUUUUUAAGGAGAAAAAAAGCAUAAAGUGAUGGAAAAGCUUAGAUUUUUUCCAUGUAUUGUGCCAUAGAAGAUCAACUUAACUGACAGAUGAUAUAGCUCUUGAGCAUGACUUGUGCAUUAGUGAUUCAAGUAGGAUGAAUAUUCUGUAAUUUGGUAAUAAUUAUUUAUUGAGUGAAGUUUGACUUAGGAUCAGCUCAUAGUUGUAAAAGAAGUAUGAUAGUGUAUUUCAUUCCUAUAUUUGUUGUAGCAAAUUGAGUUGGCUCUUUCAUUUAAAAUAUAGGACAAAUUAGACA